AUGUAUCCUUUAGCCUUUUGCGAACCGAGUUCCGUGGAGCCGGAUGAUGUACUUCCUGUGAUAUAUCACAGUGAUAACAUCCCCGGCCAGAACUGCGAUUUGCAACAAAACAACUCCCAAAAGUGGUAUUAUAAAAGCAACCAACAGCCGUCUGAGGCUUGGAUCUUCUAUCAAGGGGGUAACAGAUUCGAUAAUAAACCAGUAAUGGUUUUCGACAAAGGUGUCCCACAUGCCUCGUUCCGCUUAGAUGGAAGUGGUGCUCCACGACAGAGUAUUGAAUUCAAAGCCAUGGUCUUUUUUUGA